AUGGGGUUUUCGGGGGCCCAUGGGUCUCAGGGACCGACCGUAGUUGGAAUCAGUCUGGCUUUCGCCGUGUUGACAUUUCUGGUCUUGUCCUUGAGGCUUUUUGCACGUAUUUACGUUCUUGGGAAGAUGGGUCUGGAUGACUAUCUCAUCAUCUGCGCUUGUAUUUUUGCCUGGGCAUUCAUUGCAGUCACCAUCGUUGCUGUCGAGAACGGACUCGGUCAACAUAAGAAGUUUACCGACGAAUCCAAACUUCCACGAUAUGGAUUUUUCGUGUGGCUCAGCUCGAUGUUUUACCUCGCAUGCCUGGGCUUCAUCAAAACGUCUGUGCUUUGGUUUUACACCCGCUUGGGUGAUCGUUUUCUCACUCGCUUGUCAUACGUGAUGAUGGCGGUCAUUGUCUGUCAGGCAACAUCCUUCGUGCUAGUCGCCGCCUUUCAAUGCCAACCCAUCAAAAUGGCCUGGACCGGAGUUGGACCUGGAAAAUGCGUUCAGAUCAACAUCUUCUAUCUCGCAAACGCCGCCCUGAACAUCUUGACCGAUCUUCUCACCUAUACUCUCCCUAUUCGAGUCAUUUUCAAACUUCAGAUGCCGCAAAAGCAAAAGAUUGCCCUCAUUUUCAUUCUUUGCCUGGGUCUUUUUGCUUGCGUCUCCUCCAUCAUCCGAAUCACCUACAUUCCUUCCAUGCUCACCUCAGAUGAUCCUACUUACGCAAUCAGUGGAGCCAUGUACUGGUCCGUCAUCGAGACCAACAUUGGGAUUUUCGCCGCCUCCAUUCCCUCCUUCAAGGCCAUUGCGUCCCGAUUCCUCCCCCGCUUCAUUGGCGAAUACUCCAGCGGCCGCAAGUACGGCGCCUGGUCCGGGACCCCUGGAACCCACCGCUACGGCUCUGGCUUUGCCAAAGUCACCGACCCCAACAAUAUCACCAUGGGUACUCUCAAUGGCGGCAGGGAUGACAUCGGGAUGGGCACGCAGAUUGGCGCCACUGUUGCGGAUAACUCUAGCGAGGAGCGCAUCAUUAUUCCCGAUGGAAAGAUUUUCACUCAAACAGAAAUCGAGACGACAGUGGAGUCGAAUCACGAAUACAGCUCUUCCAUGGAACAAGCUCGUCGGACGAAAAGAUAUUGA